UACUGUGUGAGCUGUGAUUGGUCACAGCUUGUCACAUGGUACAAGGCUGUUGUGAAUAGCCUUGUACCAUGUGAUCUCUGCAAUCAUUCACAGAUUUCACUAGUAGUAAGCAAUGAUGUCAGGAAGUGACAGUUUACUACUAUUCAUAUGAUCACCGAUUGGCCAAUCACGCCGCCAUUCGCAUCCUCGGCUGUCAAUCACUGGGACUCAGCCGGUGAUUCACAGCCGGCAACUGGAGAUAGAUCUCCAAGGAUUUCUGACAGGGAAGAGACCUGUAUGUAAACAAUACAGAUCUCUACCCUGUCAGCUCCCUGCACACUGCUUUGUA